UACCGCUAGUGUGCGCCGGAUCGGAAGUUUAAACUUGCAAACCGUAAUACCCGGAUUAGGUAUAAGGAAAAGGUAAAAUUAUAUUUAUAUGAUCGAGUGAUUAGUCAUCGAGCGUUUGAGCACUGGGGCUGACUUCUAACACCUGAGCGGCGACGCGCUGUAGUGCAUACCUGGGAUAUAUCAAUACAGCACACAUUUCCGCCAUAAGGCCUUUAGUCAACAACACUGGUAUCAAACUGUAUAGGCGUGGACUCGUCAUGGCAUAGACAACCGUGUCCUUCUAUUCCGUUUGUGUUUCGAUGGAUCUAAUUAUGAAAAUGUAGAUUCUGUGUUUUAUUUAAGUUUUCGUUGUGUGGAUUAUAUACCUGGAGGUUAAUGGUGUGAGUCUGUAUACAAUUUUUUAAAAUUUGAUUGGUUCACCUUUAAAGAAUUCCAAGAUGGCGACCGCCAUACAGGUAACUUUGUGUAGAUUACUUAAGGUUGGUAUUGUCGUUCUUCUUUUUCCGUUUAUUGGAGUAUCAGCCAUUGAAGUACAUAUUGAAGUCCCCAGCAAUGUACCGAGCGGUUUCUACGUAACAAAACUGGGCUGUACUGGGAGGGGCAUAAUGCUAGACGUCCCUGAAAAUGAAAUCCAACUGUUUUCUGUAACAGGAACUGGUGAAUUGGUUUUAAAACAAACUUUAAGUAGUUAUGAAAAUCAGCUGUUGACCGUCCAAGUGACUAGAUUAACAUCUAGGACGGAAUGUCCACGAAAAACAAACAUUCCCAAAAUUUCGAGACUGUUUAUCGCCGUCAAACCUCCCUCACAUUUUAUCAAUUUUCCAAAGGAGACAAAUGAAAUCCGAGGUUUUGUAGACUUGGCCAGAUCCUCCCAUGUACGGGGUAGGGACAUUGAACAUCUACUCGGGGCUUUCCAUACACUGUCCCCCAUAUAUACGCUGGUGGGAAAUACGGAAGCAACAGACUUAUUUGUAAUUCGAAAAGGCACAUCUGGAAACCUGCGAUUACAUGUAUCUAGCUCUGACGUGCCAUCCUCCCGGGUUUACCAUCUGAUAUGUAAGAUGGACAGUUCGGACGGCCGCGUCUUGUUUACCAACAUCCGUGUAGAUAUUCUUAACGGACACAACAUAAUGUCACCCGUCAAACCGGACAUCACCUGCACGCGAGAGCCAUCAGUACAUAUUAAUAGUCACCAUGACGUUCGGACACCAUCCCAUGAUUUAACUGUCACCUUUGACCAGCACAAGACAAUGACCGAUGAACAGACCGCAAGACGGACAAACUUCCACCACCGGAACAGGCGACAGGUAAAAACCACCGCUGUCACAAAAAGCGUCGACGAAGGCACCACUGGAAAUUUGUACGACUUCAGUCGACAAGGUACCGGAACCACAUUCGAACUUAAACAGGCGGUACCGGAUAUGGUGACAGUGAACACAAAUGGUCAAGUGUUUCUCAAGGCAGGUCAAGUAUUGGAUUACGAUAACGGCGCAAAAUCGGUCCUGGUGGAGGUGAACGAGAAAACCGGAAACGGAGCUACAGUGGCUUAUGAACACACGUUAACACUAAAGGUUAUGGAUGUCAAUGAUGAAGUCCCGAAGAUCACCAACAUUCCCAGACCCAUGCUUGCCAGGGUAAAUGCGUGGGCUCCUGUGGGGACCACUUUUUACACGGUCACCGGCCUGGACCAGGACCAGGGGAGUGUACUGGGCUUUUACAUGGAAGGAACAAGUACUAAAUUUGAGAUAGAUGAGCUGACGGGAGAGAUCAAAACCAAGGCUGGUCUGACACAGAAUUAUGACGAGGAUAUUACUGUUUACCUCAAGGAUAAUAGCGCAGCCACUGAGCAGUCCAGUACUCGAGAAAAAGUGUCUAUCACCACAAGUUAUCGUGCCCCCCAGUUUUAUCUCCCCGAAUACUUUGCAGAUGUACCUGAAAAUGCUCAAUUGGAACAAACCUUCAAGCUACAGAACUCUGAUUCAAAUGAAGUAAAUCUUCAGACUGUCAACUUUCAAAAUGGAACAACAACUUAUUCCAUUAUCAAUCCGAGGACACAGGGGCCUAGUACACAGUUCAGUAUCAAAGAUGGACAGCUGUUGACCCUAACGACAUAUGACCAUGAGAAGUUACCACAGUACAAACUGUCCCUGAAGGCCAAGGAUAGUGUGUCGGAUCUCUUCACUUUAAUAAAUCUGACGGUCCAUAUCACUGAUGUCAAUGAGUACAGCCCUGUGUUUGAUCUGUCCCCGGUUUUCGCAGAGGUUAAAGAGACACUGGGUGUUGCAGAAACAGCCAUGACAGUUACGGCAACAGACAAGGACACCAGUUCGAGUAUUACCUACACUUUAGAUGAUGAUUGGUUUGACGUCGUCACUCUCAAUAACAUUGGAAACAUACGAGUGAAAAAGCCUUUGGACUACGAGACAACCCCCAUGCAUAGAUUCACUGUGUUUGCAGUGGAUGAUGGUGGUGUUUUGAACUUGAAAAGGACUAGCUCAGCCACAGUCAUCAUUGAACUUCAAAAUGUCAAUGAUCUGGCACCAAUAUUCGUUGAUCCAUCGAUCACAAUGAAAGUUCUAGAUGACGCAGAUGACCCUGGUGCAUCAGAGGAUCGGAAACUUGUCCUCGAUAUGACUGCUUAUGAUUACGACGGUGAUGGUAUCACAUACAGCUUAGGAGGUGGCAGUCACAACAUUUUUUCCAUAAAUUCACAUACGGGUAUUAUAAGGCUAAAUCCAACUGUCAAUAUUAUUCCUGACAACGUCAACGAGUACAACUUUGAGGUGUUGGCUGUGGAUGAUAACGGCUGUUGCAGGGACAAGAGUGUGCAACUUCACACAAGCACAGCCUCCGUGACAGUCUAUAUUAUAGACGCUGUGAACAAGAAGCCACAGUUCAACUGUAACUAUAAGCCUAAAGUGAUGGAAGAACAGCCUAUAGGAACCCCUGUCGUCACAGUCGAAGCAUUGGACGAGAGUCGAGGGGAGAACAGUGAAAUAGAAUACUCCCUGCGACUAGAUAGAAACUUUGACGCCUCAAAUUAUUUCAGCAUUGACAAGAAGACUGGUAACAUAACCACAACCAAGGUUCUGGAUAGGGAGCAAUUUAUUGGUACAAUGUUCAUUACAGUGCAGGCAACUGAUCGAGGAGACCCCCCGCUUAGUGACUUGUGUACUUUCCGUGUAGAGCUUGAAGAUACCAACGACCACACGCCCGUGUUUACCUCCUCGUCGUACUCACAAACCUUAUACACACAGUCUAGUCUAAGUACUGUUGGCAUUGUCGUUCUGGCUGAGGAUUUGGACACAGGAGUUAAUGCAGCUGUAACCUAUGAUUUCACACAAAAUCCAGGAGGAUAUUUCUCGAUUGACAGUCAAAGAGGCAUCGUAACAAUAGCAAAUAGUCUCGACAUUAGUACAUCCCCAAUUGAGCUAGUAGUGAUGGCUCGAGAUGGAGGCACUCCACAACAGUCCAGCACCGCUACCAUCACAAUGACAUUACAGUCGACCUACCCUCCCCCCAGCACGCCUCAACCCCAGUACGACUUCAUUAUGUCCGAAGUCUUUGACAUAGGAACAGUCAUAGGAAAUAUAUCGGUUUCCUCCAAUGUCGCCCAGACGGCGGCUGUGAGUCUUCAGAUUGUUAACCGUGUUGAUGGACUAUUAACAAUACGAGAAUCAGAUUCCGCCUCGACAAGUACCACUGCAGUUUUUGAGAUUGUGGUCGGCAAAGAAAGGAUUCGAUAUGAAACUCACCCAGAAAUGCAGGUUAUACUGCGGGCUUCUAACGAGCAGCAAGAGCCACAAAAUACAUAUAUCUUUGUGAAUAUCCAAAAUCAAGAUGCAAACAUGCAGAAACCGGAAGUCAUUGGUGAGCCAUUCGUAAGUGCUGACAACUACAAUAUCAAACUUGACGUGUUGGAAGGACUGCAACCGCCGGAGGUUGUGGGUUUCGUUGUUGCCGUGGAUGAUGAUAGGUUUACUCCAGCUUUUAGCAAUGUUACCUAUUAUGAACAAGCUGUCAGCAGCGAUUACUUCAGUAUUAAUAGCGCAACAGGAGAAAUCACAACUAAACUGGAAUUUGAUGCAGAGAAGCAACAGAUAUACUACUUUAGUAUCCUUAUAAAGGACGGAGCACGGUCGGCUUUACCAAACCAUCGACCUCCAGACUCCCCAAACAGUGCUACCGCGACUGUACAGAUACAAAUCAGUGAUGCUAACGACAAUGCCCCGAGCUUUGAGUCACAGCAGUACGCUUUCAGUGUACUGGAGAACGAACCAAUACUGUAUUCAGUAGGAGAAGUCAGAGCGACAGACAAAGACUCGGGUCACGUGUUUCGAUUUACAAUGGACUGUUCAGUACCUACAGGAUCUGUAAUACCAUUGGCUAUAAACUGGACCAAUGGGGGGAUCUAUGUUUCUGGUUACCUCGACUUUGAGACAAAAAAUAGUUAUAAUUGUAAAGCGAAAGUUUUUGACGGGAAAUUUACAGCAGAAACCAAUGUGAAUAUCACUGUGUUAGAUGUGAACGAUAUGCCUCCUGUGUUCUCCAUGCCUGUGUACAACUUCAACUCUGUCAACGAGGGCGAUUAUACCAGUAGCCCACUGUUAAUUGGUCAGGUGUCAGCCACAGAUGGGGACUUGGGCAGAGCACAGACAAAUAUACAAUACAGCAUCUUCAACCAGCCAGGCGAUUCCUCUGUCAUAAGCAUAUUUGAUCUAGAUGCAACGACUGGAAAUCUGAUGGUGAAAGGAGUAUUAGAUAGAGACAGCCAAUCUGUCAUCAGGUUCCUUGUGAGAGCAGUUGAUGAACCAUUGUCUCCCCAAGCGUUGACAACCUACGCAACUGUUGAAGUUCGUCCAGGAGACAUAAAUGACAACAGCCCAGUGUUUGAUACUAGUACUAUAGUAGGCAGUGUGAAGGAGGGAGUAAGUGUGGGUACCAGUGUGAUGACGGUGGAGGCGGAGGAUAUCGACCAGGGACCCAACGGAGAGGUGUCCUAUAGUUUGGUUCCCGUCAACAGUCCUGUGUUUAGCCUCCCUGACAGUCGAAAUGGUCAGAUUAAUACCAAUGCACAAAUUGAUCGCGAGACAAAUGACAAGUUUUUUGUACUUGUUACUGCUCAAGAUGGCUCCACUGGUGUUACUGCUAGAACUACAACCGGCACAGCCACCAUCUAUGUUAUUGACGUCAAUGACCACGAACCUAAAUGUAAUAACAGUCUACUUUCUGUUUCCAUUCCGGAGACAAAAAUGGGAAACAUCGUUGCAAUCACUGCUUACGACGAGGAUGUAUCAGCCAUUUUAUCCUACAGUGUUUCUGAUACAGAUUUUAAAUACUUUGCCACGAAUCAACAAAAUGGUUUGGCUCAUCUUAUUGUCCAUUUUAGUCCUGACUUUGACGUUGGCGAGGUUUUCUUCAAUGUCUCGGUAACGGUUACAGACGGGACGUUUUCGGAUGUUUGUUAUGUCGAGGUGACAGUGGAGGACGUCAAUGAUAAUGCUCCAGUCUUCUCCGACAUCCAUGUUUUUCAAGGAGGCAAUUUCUCGGAAGACAUUGGCAAAGACACAGUCAUUGCUAAUUUCACAGCAACUGAUAUUGACUCUGGUGAUAACAAGAAAUUCGAAUUUUUUAUUCUACUGGAGUCGGAUCCAAACAAGUACUUUGCAGUAAGAAAUCUUCCGAAUGGUCAAGGAGAGAUUGUAAACCAGAGAACACUGGACCGGGAAACUGUACCUACGUUUGACCUUGUUGUCUUGGCUGUAGAUUCAGGCUCUCCUCCCCAGACAGGAAGCACCACCAUCAGCAUCACGCUAGAGGAUGUCAAUGACAACGGACCUAGCCUUAUGGUAAACCAAGUGUCUAUAAAGGAGAAUAUUGCGGCCCAGGCAAACUUUGCGACACUGUAUGCUGAGGAUCCAGACAGUGAUGAGAAUGGCCCGCCAUUUAGUUUCAACCCAGUUUUGUGUAAUUCUAAUUCCCCGACUGUCUGCGGCAAAUUUGAUUUUGACAUACGAGCUGUUGCCACAUCUGCAGGUGGCCAGGCUCUAUCAGUGAGUUCUUUAAAGCCACUGGACCGUGAGGAAGUUAGCCAAUAUCUUGUCAAUGUUGUGAUAAAAGACAGAGCGGGCGUAUCUGCGACCAGCACCCUGACAAUCGUAAUUGAGGAUGAAAACGACAACAUAAACACUAAUGCAGAACAGUCUAUGUUCGUUUACAACUACAAAGGUCUCUUCAAGAACGUGAUCAUUGGUCGUGUAGGUUUUAACGACCUUGACGGAGAUGAUGACCGGGCUACUAAGACCUUCAGCAAAAUAUCAGAUUACACAAAUGCUUUUGUCAAGGUGGCAACAAAUGGUGACAUUGAGAUGCUAUCAAAUCUGCCAUACGACUCAUUUGAUUUCAAAGUGAGAGUAGUGGACACAGGGGUGAAGAUAGGUGGCAGUAUCACCACAGCCACCUCUACUACCGUAGUGACACUUACACAGCAGGAGCUGGACGAGGAGGCUCCCUACAGGGCCGGAUCUGUUAGACUCAGUGGAAUCACAGCCAAGGAAUUUAUCAGUACUCCUUCCAAUGGUGGCAACAGCAAAUACGAUGAAACCCGUAAAUUAAUGUCUGAUAAACUGGGUAAACCUGUUGAAAACGUACAAAUAGUAACUAUAGUUGAUAAAGUUGAUAGCGAGCCUCACACUUUGGAAGUUCGUUUUGCCGCCCACGGCUCUCCGUACUAUACGAGUGCACGCCUUAAUGGAAUCGUCACCGACAACAAGAAUGAGUUUGAAAAUGCCUUCGGUGGUAAGGUGGAAAUGGUGGGAGUUUCGGAGUGUCUCAAGGAGUCGUGUGAGGGAGGCUGUUGGGAUAAACUAGUGGUGGAGGAUGCUCCUAAUGUGGUCAACGCGGGCACAGACACCAAAGUGGGCGUGAUAUCUGGCGUAACAGCUCAGUGUGGCUGUCGUGUGCCUGUCAAUCAGACGGAAUGCACUCCUGACUAUUGCUUCAAUGACGGCCAAUGUGUCAAAGAUGACUACGGACUACUCUCGUGUGUAUGUACAGCCUCAUUUGAUGGUCCAAGAUGCCAGAACACAAAGAAAGGUUUCACAGGAAGUGGAUAUGCUCUGUUUAAACCACUAGAGCAGUGCCUGAGGUGGGAGACAAGCAUUGAGUUCAUCACAGAGAAUGCCAACGGAAUCAUCUUUUACAAUGGCCCUCUUACAGACUUGUCCUACACUGAUCCUACUGACUACCUGGUCCUACAACUCAGAAAUGGAUAUCCUGAACUCAAAGUUGACCUUGGAACUGGUGCUCUGACCUUGUACCUCAGUGGAACAGGAGCCAGUACCCUCAACGAUGGCAAGUGGCAUCGUAUUGACAUCAUCAAGGAUGGAAAGAUGUUCACUUUGGUUGUGGAUGGCUGUCGGUCGGCCUCGGCUGGAGACAGAAGUAGUUGUGAGUUGUCUGGAUACUCCAAGAGUACGCACAUGUACCUCAAUGUCAACACGCCGCUACAGAUGGGUGGGUUGUCUCCGUCUACUGUAACAACACCGCCUGAAGUCAUCGAGACAAAAUUUACUGGAUGUAUGAGGAACCUGCGACAUAAGGGAGAGCUGUAUGACCUUCACACUGGAGGUAUAUACGCGGGGACCACAGACAGCUGUCCCGAAGAAGACCAGGCCUGCGGUAACAAAUGUGGUGACAAUGGAGAGUGUCGCGUCACUGAUAUUUCCACUACCCCCAAGACAACAGAGUGUAUCUGUGAUGCAGGCUACAGAGGCAGCAACUGUGAUACAGCCACCACCAUUGUUGAUUUUGGUGUCAAUAGUUUUAUGGAAUGGUCGUUGGUUAGCUCUUUUGCCAAUCAGCUGUCAGUGACAGAGACCAAGCUGAAGCUGAUGUAUCGGUCCAGGGAUCAGGAGGGAGUCCUGUUCCACAUGUCCUCGUCCGAUGCUGGCAAGUUUAUCAGAUUACAGAUCAUGUAUAACGAGCUGUUAUUGGACUAUAACCUUGGUGGAGACCAAGGAUCUCUGGCCAUGCCAGGCAUAAGAGCCAGUGAUGGUCAGUGGCACAGAGUUACCAUCACACGUAUCAGCAGAAGCUUUGUAAUGAUGAUGGAUGGAGGGGAGGGACCUUACUAUGUCACAACACAUGGUCCAGCAAAUGGUCAAGGGGAGAUAACUUUGUUACAAAGGCAGAUCUACGCUGGAGCAGAAGUAAACUAUGCGGACAGCUCGGCUACAACUGGAACAUAUGGUAGCAGGGACUUUAACAGCUCCUGUUACAAUGACAUUCGGAUGGAGAUGGCCUGGUUCCCCAUGACAACUCAGGAAUCCAACACCAACACAGAUAUAAAACUUGCCAAGCGAACAUCUAUUCAAAAUAACUGUGUCCGUAACGACUGUGUUGGAGUGACCUGUCCUUUUGGCUAUGUCUGUAAGGGAUUGUGGGAAGCCUAUACUUGUGUAUGUCCUGUCGGGAAGGAGGAGGUGAACAGUGCGUGUGUAGAUAUCAACUACUGUCGAGACAAUCCGUGUCUCGGCUCUGCCACCUGUCAAAAUGGCAAUGGUACCUACAUCUGCAACUGUCCUGAGGGUUGGAAGGGCAAGCGAUGUAACCAGCUUGCCGUUGUUGAGGUGGUACCAGCUGGCGGUAUCGGGGCUGGAGUUAUUGCUGGUAUCAUAAUUGCUGUGGUUCUUGUUCUGAUCAUCGCGUUUCUUGUGGUACUGCUGUACAGGCGUUGUGUCAACAAUGAUGACAUGGCUAAUCUGGUGGAGGACGAGAAAGAGGAUUACGACAUCAGGGAGAACAUUGUGGCUUAUGACGAGGAAGGUGCAGGUGAAGAAGACCAUGAGGGAUACGACCUCAACAGACUUCGCAAGCCCAUGGACAUGUCCAAAGUAGAUAAACCACUCAUGAACAUGGAGAAUGAGAGACCAGUGAAAUCUGGUCCUCCACAAGGUCCCGGUAUUGGAGAGUUUAUUGGUGAUCGCCUAGGUGACGCUGAUGAGGAUCCAGGUGCUCCUCCAUAUGACACAGUAAUGGAACUGAACUAUGAAGGAGCUGGUAGCUCUGCAGGCUCUCUAAGUUCUCUCAACACAUCUUCAAGUGGCGGCGACCAGGACUACGAUUACCUCAACAGCUGGGGCCCAAAGUUUGCCAAGCUGGCUGAUAUGUACAACCAGUAUGAGGACUCAGAAUAAGCUCAAUAUCACACUGGAUACACAUAUUGGGUUGCUUAGAAAUUAGGAGGUGGAUAAAAUACAGAAAGGACUACGAGGUUUAAUAAGCUGCUUCGCUCGGAUUUACACCUUUUGUGACAAAAACAGCUAUUAAAAAGAAGUUAAGCUCUUGUUUUCAACGGCCAAUGAAAUAACUGAAGAAUUCUUUUAUCCAUUUCACAGUUACCCAUGAUGAUUCCUCCGUAUGUGUAUACCAUCUUGAUUAUAUUAGGAAAAGUCCCUGUGACUAUCUCAAGCAUUUACGACAAAGUCUUCCUGACCCUCGCUUUCAUAUUAUCCUGACAAACGCGUGGUAAAGAAGAUAUUUCGUCUCUUGAGCAUAUUAGGACAAAAACCCUGUGACAAACUCGAGUAUUUACGACAAAGUCUUUGUGGCCCUCUGGAGUAUAUAAGGACAAAAUCCCUUUGACUAUCUCGAGUAUUUACGACAAAGUCUUCUUGACCCUCUGGAGUAUACCAGGACAAAAUCCUUGCCACAACCUCGAGUAUGUUAAGACAAAAUCCUUGGGAGUUGAUCAUGGCAGAUGUGUUGUACCAUGCUUACAUGCCAAUCUGAUGGUAUCAUGAGAACGAAGUUUCCUUUAUGAUUCAUCAAUGACUUUUUGUUGCAAGAGAUCGUGGGAUGUGUCCUAAAAAUAUUUAUCUUCCUGCCUAAAAGGGUGCAACAUUUUAGAAGAUGAAUUUAUAUCCCAAUAUCACAAGUCCCCAUACAAGCUAACGAUGUUGAUAUAUAUACAGAAUUAUUGAAAAUACCAGGUGGUUUUCUGUGUAUCAGGAACUUGUAUAUUUGUUACAUGGAUUUUUGUAACACAUUUCAACAUAUCAGAUGAUUAAGAAAGUAUAUGCAAAAUGUAAAGAGAUGAAUUAUUUUUAUCAUAUUAAUUGAUUGUACAUGUCUAUGUCAUGUUUCACGGUUUUUUUCAUUUUGUUCCAAACAGAUAAUCACUGUGCACAAACAGAUCUUUACAUUUUAUGACUUGUUUGUGGACCAACUUAGAUUUGUUUGAAACUCUCUUAAAGAGUAUAAUUACGUGGAAUGUGUGAUCUGUUUGUAUUGCUAACUGGCUCCAUCAACCUGUGUAUAAUGUUGAAAUCACUAAGGUGAAGAGGUCAAACACCUCUAAAAACAGGUUUAUCACGGUCAAAGAUAUAGCCAUCUGUUACUGGAGAUUCCGCCAGGCUGUGGGAUUGAUAUUUUUACACAGUAUUUCGCAGAUUUGUUGUUACUAGUACAAAAGAUUUCCAAUGUGUCAUAACUACAAACGUCAACCUGUCUACCGGGGAAAUGGCUCAGAAUUUUUGUAAAAAGUUAACAAUUUAAACAAAGUGUGACAUUAUUUGAUAUUUUGUGUAAUUACGUGUGUUUUGUAAAA